ACUACGUUACUUUGUUAUUGGUAAGGCAGCCAUGGAAUUGAUUACUUCCAUCUUCGGAGCAGCUACAAUAUUUUUUCUUCUCUACUACUAUUUUCUCCUCCUUCGGCGCAAUCCCACCCACAAGCUUCCGCCGGAAGCCGGCGGAGCGCGGCCGAUUCUCGGCCAUCUUCAUUUCAUGCGCGACGCCGCCCGACCCCCGCAUUUCAAGCUAGCCGAUGUGGCCGACCAACACGGCCCAUUCUUCACCAUCAGGUUCGGCUCGCGCCGAGCCGUGGUGGUGAGCUGCAAGAAAAUCGCCAAGGAGCUUUUCACGGCCUGCGACGAAGCCGUCUCGAACCGCGCCGAAACGCGAGCCAGCAAACUCCUUACUUACAACUAUGUGAGUUUCGGCUUCUCCCCCUACGGCCGCCACUGGCGCGAGCAGCGCAAGAUUGUGGCGGCUAAGCUCCUUUCGAGCCGCAAAAUCGAGCGGAUGAGCCACGUGUCGGCGGCGGCGAUUUCGCGGUCGGUGAAGGAUAUUUAUAGCCGUUGGGAGGAGGAGGGGAGUUGUAAGGUGUUGGUGGACAUGAAGAAGUGGUUCUUGGAUUUGAAUUUGAAUGUUUUGAUGAUGAUGGUGGUGGGGAAGAGGUUCGACGGCGGCGGCGAUGGGGAGGAGAUGCGGCGGUGCCGGGAGAUUAUUGAGGAGUUCUUCCACUAUGUGGGGCUGUUUUUGCCGGCGGACGCUAUUCCUUGGCUAUGGUGGCUGGAUUUGGGUGGAUUCGAGAAGAGGAUGAAAAUAACUGCCGAGAAAAUCGAUAGGGUGUUUGGGGAGUGGCUGGCGGAGCACCGCCGGAAUGGAAGCGCCGGCGAAGAUGGAGAGCAGGAUUUCAUGGACGUGAUGGUGUCGACGGUACGAGGUUCGAACCAGUCAAGUGGUGAAGUUGAUGCAGAUAUCCUCAUCAAAUCCACAUGCCAGAUGAUGCUUUUGGGUGGUGUGGACACAAGUGCAGUAAUGCUCGUAUGGGCGCUCUCCCUCUUACUAAACAACCGCCAUGUUCUAACCAAAGCUCAAGAAGAGCUCGACAACCACGUAGGACGACAGAGGCGAGUGACCGAAUCGGACAUCCCAAACCUCGUAUACUUACAGGCCAUAAUCAAGGAGACAUUGAGGCUAUACCCGGCGGCCCCUUUGGGCACGCCGCGAUCAUUCAUCCGAGACUGCACAAUCGGACAAUACCACAUUCCCAAAGGGACAUGGCUGGUCGUGAACAUGUGGAAGAUGCAUCGGGACCCCGAGGUGUGGUCGAACGAUGCGUCGGAAUUCAAGCCCGAGAGAUUUCUAACGACGCAUAUAAAUGUUGAUGUCAGAGGGCAAGACUUCGAGCUUAUACCAUUUGGCGCUGGCCGGAGAAGCUGCCCCGGGACGAAUUUUGCUUUGCGCAUGUUGCCUUUGGUUCUGGCUAACUUGCUGCAGGCUUUUGAUGUCGCCACUGUCGAUGGUCGGGCGGUUGAUAUGACGGAGAGUGCCGGGUUGACGAACCUUAAAGUGACGCCGCUCGAUGUUCUUGUUGCCCCAAGAUUGUCUCCGAGUCUUUACUAGCGUUGGUUGACUCUUGUGAAAUAAGGCUGUAGAUCCUGUGCUCAUCCAACUAAGUACGAUGAUUUGACCGGAUCAACAUAUGCUGUUUUAUAAGAUAAUAUAUGCUGAAUUAUAAUA